ACUGACAGUGUGCAACAAGUGAUUUUGUGUGGUGGUUGUGUUGAUGACCUAUUGCGGUCAAAUUACGUAGUUUUGUGGCAACAAAAAUGUACAUUUACGAGCUACCUUUCGAGAUUAAUAAGGAACUAUGCAGACUCCUCGACAUAGAAGACUAUUGGAAGGAGUUAGCAGGCAAUUGGAUGCAAUAUUCGGCGUUUGAAGUAAACGACAUAGAACAAACAGCAAGGCGCCAGGCUAUAUCGCCAACUAACCAGCUAUUCACAAGAUGGGGUCAGCUGAACCAUAGAGUAGAAGAACUUUUUAUUUUACUAUACAAAAUGAAGCACAUGCCAGCGCUAAUCUGCCUGAAGCCAGUUGUAAAUAGUGACUUCCAUAAAUUAUUAAGUAAACAUAUAAACUCUAACAGUGCGAGGGAAAGGAAAACUGCUGUUAUUCAUGAUAGUUCAUAUAAGAAGAGUUCACAGAAAAGUGAUGGCAACUUUGGUUCAAUUCCUCUGCCGGUCAUGUUGAUUGAAAAGGGUGUCCAUCUUCCAACGACAAGCAGGAUACAGAACGGCAACUCACCGUCGCCUAACUAUGAAACAAGCACGGACAUAAGCAAGACAUCAUCAACGCAAGGCGAGAAAGGCAAUGAAGAUGAUGAGAUCAUGCGCAACGUGUCUGCCGUACCUCGGAUCAGUUAUGAAGAGUUGAAGGAGGCGACGGGCAACUGGUCUGAUAGUAACCUGUUGGGGAGAGGCGGGUUUGGGCAGGUUUUUAAAGGCGAAUGGAAGCAUCUUACGGUAGCAGUAAAGCGUCUUCGCGACAAUAAUGACCGAAACAAAGAACUUAUUCGCGAGAUGUGCCUCAACCAGUACCGACACGACAACAUACUGCCGCUCUACGGGUACUCGCUCGGAGGCCCUGAAGCGUGCUUAGUAUACCAGUUAAUGGCUGGCGGUUCAUUAGAACAGAGAUUAAGGGGUAAAACUCAUCACCCGCCCUUGUCAUGGUCUCAAAGAUAUAACAUAGUUCAUGGUGUUGCUAGAGGACUAACAUUCCUACACACAAUGGCCGGUACUCCUCUAAUACACGGGGAUAUAAAACCAGCGAACAUACUGCUGGAUACAUGCCUCAUGCCCAGGAUUGGAGACUUUGGACUGGCCAGGAAGGGACCUUAUGGGGAUGAGCGGUCUGAUGUUAAGGUUUCCAAAGUAUACGGCACUAAACCCUACCUCCCCGACGAGUACCUCCGCGCCCGCUCCCUCUCCCCCGCCGUCGACGUGUUCAGCUACGGCGUCGUCAUGCUGGAGGUGGCCACCGCCCUGCCUGCCAUCGACAAGGCAAGACCCGAGCAUCUGCUCAGCAUGUACAUGCAUCAGCUCUAUAACCAGGGCUUGGAUAUGGCAACCCUAGAAGACCCAGUACUCCGUGGUUCAGUACACGCGAGUCCUACAAUGUGUCGUGCCUUCGUCGCCAUCGGGCUCCACUGCACCAAGUUCCUGCGACAACAGAGACCUACCAUGUUGGAUGUGUAUAAGAAGCUUAAAGAAAUGGAAGUGCCUAAUAAUAAUAAUUUUACUUGAGGAUUUUGGUUGGGGGAUGGAGUGUUAACAUUAUUAAAAAGAAAUAUAAAUAAAAAACGUAUAUUAAAGCUACAAGGAGAUUACGAAUUGACCAACCAAUAUAAUGAACAUUUAUCUGUCAAAUCGUCCAAAACAAAAAUAUAGAGGUUGCUAUUUUACUAACUAAAACGUUGGAAAAUAUUUUCAAAAACAUAGUGUUAGCCCUCCAUUUGCUAUUUACUUUGUGGCAUUUUUCAAGUAGAUUAUAUAUUUCUGUCAUAUGUACGUAUAGUGGCCAGCAUAUCAAGCUACUAUAAUUUCUCAGAUUUCUUUAAUAGAUUUUCAACUUUAUCUCUAUAAUUUAAGGUUCAAUGUUGGUUGGAUUAUUUUACGGGUAGCUUGAUGGUUUGGUGUCUGUACUUUAAAUUAUGUCUUCCAGUCAAAUCUAGGUGUAAAUGGAAAUGUAAGUAUUGUCAUUUUAAGUGCCUGGUUUGUAGUGUACAGUAUUAUGGUAAAUGAGAAUUUUUAAAAGGAUGCGCCAAAUAACUUUGCAUUUCUGAACUCUAUUUGAUUCCUCAC